UGUAUUAAAAUACCCACAGCUUUCAAGGUUUCAUAAAAUAUUAAAUAAACAAAACUGAUUUUUGUCAUGCGCUAUCAGUGUUUAUCGGUUACGCUCAUAAUAAUUACAAUUGCAGAUAAGAUGUUUUCUUUAAUUUAUUCACUUCAUUCAAUUCUAACACUGUGGUCGCGAGCACGUAUUAGACAAAAUGAACGGAAUAGUUCAACAAAAAAUAAAAGUUUCAAGAUAUUUAUUCAAAAAUGUGAACCAAUUUAUGAAAAGAAUGUCUUCACAUUUUACUUUUUUCCCAGAUGAACAUAAGCCUAUAGAAGGUGAUACUACAAAAAUGAAUAUGAUGCAGGCAAUCAAUAAUGCAAUGGAUAUUACUUUAAAGACAGAUUCAAGUGCAGUUUUGUUUGGUGAGGAUGUAGCCUUUGGAGGAGUCUUCAGAUGUGCCCUUGGCCUUCAGGAAAAAUAUGGCAAUGAUCGAGUAUUCAACACACCUUUAUGUGAGCAAGGUAUAGCUGGCUUUGGGAUUGGAUUGGCUACAGCAGGUGCCACUGCUAUUGCUGAAAUACAAUUUGCAGAUUACAUUUUCCCAGCUUUCGAUCAGCUAGUUAACGAAGCUGCGAAGUGUAGGUACCGCUCUGGAGGCCAGUUUGACUGUGGGGGGCUGACGGUCCGAGCUCCCUGUGGGGCGGUGGGGCACGGGGGUUUGUAUCACUCGCAGAGUCCUGAGGCCUUCUUUUCUCAUGCACCUGGUCUUAAGGUGGUAGUCCCCAGAGGACCAAUAUCAGCAAAAGGCCUCCUCUUAUCCUGCCUCAAGGAGAGAGAUCCUUGUGUGUUUCUCGAACCGAAGAUCUUGUACCGAGCGGCCGCCGAAGAAGUGCCCACGGACAGCUAUGAAAUACCUCUGGGAAAAGCACAAGUCUUAAAAGAAGGUGAUGCAGCAACCCUAAUAGGCUGGGGCACCCAAGUGCAUGUACUUCUAGAAGUUGCUCAAACGGCACAGGAGACUUUAGGUAUCAGCUGCGAGGUCAUCGACCUCAUGUCUAUACUUCCCUGGGAUGAAGAAACCGUUUGCAAUUCCGUGAAGAAAACGGGCAGAUGUCUGGUGGCUCACGAGGCGCCCUUGACGAGUGGAUUUGGCGCUGAAUUGGCUGCUACUGUACAGUCGGAAUGUUUCCUGCACCUGGAAGCUCCGGUGGCUCGAGUGACAGGAUGGGACGCUCCCUUCCCUCACGUUUUCGAGCCUUUCUAUCUUCCCGACAAGAUGCGCUGUCUCAGCGCAUUGGAGAAGCUGAUUCAUUAUUAACGUGUUGUGACAUUUUGUACAUAAUAGUACAUAUUUGUAUGUGGAAAUAGUGACGUAAUUUUGUUAUAAAUGAUAUUGUCAUCGUAAUAAAUAGAUUUAGGCUUCCAGAUUGGUAUCAGGUAAUUCCAAGUGCGGUGAAAGAACUACUUUGAAUACGGGUUUGGUAUUUGGAAGUGUAGUCUCUUCGUUAUUAUUACACGGUAUACUUGUCGAUAUUAAUUUUAUUAUGCAAAUUCUGAUGUAUAAAUAUUAAUUAUAAUAAGCUUGAGAAUCUUCAAUAAAUGUUAUG